UUUUAAAUAUUAACAGCUCCACGAUGUUCUCCAAAUUUCUUGUUAUUUCGGUUCCAUUGAAAACUUGAAGGUAGAUACAACCUCAAUUAGGAUCCACCUUUCUCCGCUUCUAUAUCAACUUGACGAACUGGAAUGCAGACAGCAGACUGUCGUUAGCCUUUUUCCCGGUGUUUUACGUUUUGUGUACCACCCAACCUCUCGGCAGAAAGUUUGAGAUCAUUCUCUGAAUCUCAGAAAGGGAGUUAAAGCAAGAGAGGAUAUGGCUUCCUCAGCGGCUCCUAUUUCUGACAGCCUCAAGAAGAUCUGGGAUCAGUGGAAUCUCCGGAGCUUCAUCAUGUUAAGUCUCACAUUGCAGACCUUCUUAAUUCUCUUUGCACCCUUGAGAAAGCGAUCAUCGAGCAAAUGGGUAAUCGUGCCCAUCUGGUUGGCUUACUUGCUCGCUGACUGGGCUGCUAACUUCGCUAUCGGACUAAUUGCAAGCAGCCAAACGAACACUGAUCAAGGUUCGCCAGAGAAUGGUAAUCUAUUGGCAUUCUGGGCUCCCUUUCUUCUUUUGCACCUUGGUGGUCCAGACACCAUAAUUGCAAUUGCUAUGGAAGACAAUGCGUUGUGGCCGAGGCACUUGCUUGGUCUCAUAUUCCAGGUUGUAGCUGCAAUGUACGUCUUCGGUAUGCAGUUCUCUAACCAAAACAAGCUACUGUGGCCAACACUCUUCCUGUUUGUACCAGGACUUGUCAAGUACGGCGAGCGAACACGUGCUUUAUAUCUUGCCAGCUUGGAAAGUCUCAAGGAAACCAUACUUGCAGUACCGGAACCUGGACCGGAUUAUGCAAAGUACAUGGAUGAGUACUCCUCAAGAAAAGCUGCCCAUCUUCCAAUUAAAAUAGAAAUCAAAGAAGGUCGUAGCUUAGAUUCGAAGAAUGUGACGUAUCGGCUGGGAGGAGGAGACGUCAUUGAUAAUAUUACACUAGUGGAGGGUGCUCAUCACUUGUUUCAAAUCUCCAUGGGUCUUAUUAUAGAUCUUGUGUUUGACUAUCAUCAGCGCAAAGAGAGCCGUGCCUAUUUCAUCAAAUUAGAAUCAGGAGAUGCUUUUACAUCAAUUGCGACUGAGCUCAAUUUUAUGUAUGAAGCUCUGUACACCAAAGUUUAUGUGGUACAUUCUCGACGGGGAUACUUGUUGAGAGCUACAUCCUUCAUCGCCGUUUGCAUAGCCUUUGUUUUCUUCUAUAGAUUAGAGAAACAUGGCUUUCACAGGUUUGAUGUUGGAAUUACUUAUUCCUUGCUUUUUGGUGCCAUAGCUCUUGAUUCAAUAGCUCUUUCGAUGCUGAUAUUAUCUGAUUGGACGAUCGCUGUUGUAUACAAGUACUGUAAAAAGUGUUGUGUAGUCACUGAUCUCAUGAUGAAGUACCUGGAGUUUAAGAGAUCAUGGCGAUCAACUACUCCACCAAAGUGUCUGGAGCGGACCAGAAAGAUUUUAUUUCGAAGAUGGUGUGAAUCUGUCUCCGGUUUCAACUUCAUAGAUUAUUCUCUCCGAGAAUGUGGAAGAUCAGUAGUCCGACCUGUGUACCGUUUUGGCAUUUUUGACCUUUACCGUACAGUCAUCAGAUUUUUGGGCUACCUUUACCAUAGAAUCAUCAUAUUCCUGGGCCACCUUUACCUUAGAAUCAUUAAAUUCUUUGGCCUCAAGUAUCUUCGAGAUGAGAUGAAGUAUAGAUCCAGCAAGAGACUGGAUGAGAAUUUGUGGAAGUUCAUUUUUGAUGAGUUGAAAAGUAAAUCCUCAGAAGUUGCUGAUGAUCCCAAAAUUGGUAGAGAAAUAUGUUCGUCCCAAGGGGAUUGGGUUCUCCUAAAAAAGUAUGAGAAGCAUCCGGAGUACAAGAACUUGCUAGCAUGCUUUGUUGAUGUUACUUAUGACAGACGCGUUCUGAUGUGGCAUAUUGCUACUGAGAUGUGUUAUUACGAAGUUAAUACAGGCAAUGGUGGUGAGCAUGGGGAAUUUAGUAAGACCUUGUCUGAUUACAUGCUAUAUCUCUUAAUCAUGCAGCCUGCUUUGAUGUCCUCUGUAGCGGGAAUCGGACAAAAGAGAUUUAGAGAUACGGUUGCAGAAGCCAAAAAAUUCUUUAAAAAAGGGCGAGUGGGAUCCGAUGUGAAACUAGGCAAGAAGGAACUAGGCGAGGCUUGUUACAAACUCCUUGAUGUAGAUACAGGAGUUAAACCUGUCAAUGUCAAAGGGAAUAGAAGUAAAUCUGUUUUGUUUGAUGCAUGUAUUCUGGCCAAGCAGCUGAUGAAAUUCGAAGACUCGCAAUGGGAAUUAAUAAGCUCGGUGUGGGUGGAAUUGCUAUCAUAUGCUGCCAGUCAUUGCAGAGCACAAAGCCACGCGCAAUUGCUGACUAAAGGUGGAGAGCUUGUCACUUUUGUUUGGUUACUGAUGGCUCGCUUUGGCAUUGAGGAGGACAUCCAAGUACUGGAGGUCCAAGCAAGAGUAAAAUUGAUCAUGGAAAAGCAACCUGAUGUAUUCCAGAGUAAUUAGCGGCGGACAUCCAAGUACUGGAGGUCCAAGCAAGAGUAAAAUUGAUCAUGGAAAAGCAACCUGAUGUAUUCUAGAGUAAUUAGCGGCGUACACAUUAAUUUAUAUCUCGUUGCUCAUUUGCAUUAUAUUCCAAGUUUUAGUAAGGUGACUGUAUGAGAAAU